ACGUCAAAUAAGUGUCAAAAACACGUGUUUAUCUUAUUUUGUAGUUAUUUUAGGUUAUAACCGUUAUAAUGGGUAAACUGCGAAGAAAUAGAAACAAACUACACCUUUCAAAUAAUAAUAAUCAAAAAGAUUCAUUAAAAAACGAGAAAAAAGACACUUCCCCAGACUUUAAAUUACCACCUGUAGUUUUCCCAUCAAAUAAUCCUUUCGCAGAUUUAAACAUUGAUGUUUCAAGUUUAAACAAAUUAAAGAAUGAUGAUGUUGUUAGUGUGAAAUCAUUCAAAUCCUUGAAAUCUGAAUUAAGUGCUAAAACUAAUACUUUAUCUAAAAAAGAUAAAUUGAAGUUGAAAAAAGAUUUAUUGUUAAGAAAAAUAGAUACGGUAAAUCAAUUAAAGAAAGAAGCCAAGUUGAAGAAGAAACGUAGUAAGGUGGCUAUUAUUGGUGAUACAAACACUUUAAGGGAUGCUUUACCUGAUUUGGAAUCGUUGAUAAAGAGUAGUGGUGAUGAUAAACCUAAAGAAGGGGUGGUUAAAAAGAAAGCGAUUGCUAAGGAGAGAAAACGGAAGAAAAAUAUGGCUCUUCAUUUGCAGAUUUAUAAAAAUUUGAUGAAUAAUAAUGAUUUUAAGAAAGAUCCGCUUGGUGCUAUUUCUGAUCACGUUAAAGCUGUUUCUGAAAAUAAACAAUUAUAAUAUUUUUUUUUGAUAUUUUGUAAAUAAAUUAAUGUUAAAAAUU